ACUGUCAGUACUUCAGAGAGGAGCCUACUAGAAGUUGUAUAUUUCACCUGUGAGGCACUAGGCUAGAGAAGAAAGUUUUCCCUUCUUUUCUUUACUGCUCUGAUAUUUCUUUCAUGUUGCUUUGGCUCCUGUGAAUGGAAUGAAGGUAACUGCAUAGAUCAGCCCAGGAUUCUGUUUCACUUUUGAAAUUCUUUGCUACAGGAAAAUGUCUUGGAGGGCAUGUACUAGAUUUGCUUUAGUAUGGAUUUUGGCCUUGCAGAGUAUUCACUUUGGAAAAGGCUAUAAAGAAAAAGAACAUCAUCAUGAUAGUGGAGAAAGUGCUGAUGCUGUAGCCCAGAAGCAUCACACAUAUGAUCAAGCCACAACAUUAAAUAUCUUCAAUAAUAUGAAUCAGAACUAUGAGAGCAAAAAGCAAAAGAACUCUAAGCCAAUGGUUCCUUUUACGGGACUUACAGAAAGUAAAACCCUUAACCGGCAUUGCUGUCAAAAUGGAGGGACUUGUAUCCUGGGCAGCUUUUGUGCAUGCCCCAAACACUUCAUUGGCAGAUACUGUGAGUGGGAUGAACGGAAGAGCAACUGUGGCCCAUUUGGACAUGGUGAGUGGAUACAAAAAGGUUGCCGGCUGUGUCGAUGUGGUUAUGGUGUUCUGCAUUGUCUAGCUGAACAAACACACAACUGUGCUGUAAGAGAGGAAGAGGAAUUUAUUCAUUUGCGUUCAAAUUGCCUAGGAUUACAGCAAACAAUGUGUUUUUUUCUGAUCCUAGUGGGCUGCUUCUUUGCAUUUUUUUGCACCAAGCUCUUCCAUCAACUAUGAAAGAUUCUGUUGGCUAAGACUGGGGCUCUUACAGUGAUUUGCCUUAUGAUGAAACUUGAUUUUUUGAAAAGCAAGAAGACUGGAGAUGGUUAAAAAUCAACCUCUGCAUAGUUACCUGUUUAACAGGGUAUUUUUUAGAGUUCUAAAAUUGCAGUGUGUUAUCUUUGAAAGCUUCUAAUUUUAAUCUUGCAGCCAAUUCAGCACUGUCUCACUUCUGAGGUAUUCAUAUAUUCCAUUUAAAUACAAGACUGAAAGAAGAAGAAAAAGCUGUGGAUUGUAGCUGAAAAUGAAGUUUUGCUUCCUCAGCUUCCUGUCAAGCUGAUAGAAGAGUUGCAACUGCACUUUGAAAGGGAGUGUGGAAGCUGUUACAUUUUGAAAGGGUGUCCUGGUUCAGUAGGACAGCAGUCAUAGUUAUUCUGGACCUUAGAAUCACUCAGUGACUCUUUAAUACCAGUUCUUCCAGAAUACUCAGAAAUACUUACUAUUUACUUCUUUCUCACUGAGGGUAAAUAUAAGACGAUGGAAUUGUCAGUGGUAAAGUUAUGCUUUGCAAAAAAACAAGCUUUAACGAGUUAAAAGCUGUUUUAAAGAGUAGUUCUAGGAUUUAAGUAUUGAUAAAGUGUUAGUGUGACUGGAAUCAGAAUUAACUUCUUUUUAAUGAAUAGUGCUGUGUUGCAUAAAUGUUACUUAUUUCUGUUUGAAUAUGAUUUAAGCAGUUCUUUGUUAUUUUUUAACUAUUCUCUUCCAAUGGAAGAAAAAUAUUUUAUGCUCUAUGGCUUAAAUAUUGAAAGCAGUAAAUACCAGUAUACAUUCUGAAAUGAUAAUUUUAUAAAGAAAAUAUUAUAUAUUUAUAAGUAGUGCUUUUCAUUUAUUAAAUUAUUAACAUUUCUCAAGCUAACUGGAAGGAAAGUUUGUUAAUUUAGAUAUUAUCAUGUUAAUUAGGACAUUGUGCAUACAGUCAAUAGUUAUAUGACAAAGUACCACUGUGACCAGUGGACCCUGGCAAGUAGACCAGUGGACCCUGGCAAGCUAAGGUUGUCAUACAUUCAUUCAGUUUAUAUACCAAAUACUAGGCAUGGAUUUUAAAAAACCAUACAUUCUGGACCUGCUCUCGAGCUUCAAUUUCAAUGCUGCCCUGCUUUGAAACAUAGAUUCUUCUGUCUGAU